AUGUCGUUACCUUUGGAAGUGAAGCUUACUGCACCUUCAGGCAAGUCGUUUGAACUGCCCACCGGUCUGUUUAUCAACAACGAGUUUGUUUAUCCUCAAGAUAAGACCUCCACGAUCACAGUUCUUGACCCUGACACCGGCAAGAUAAUUACUGAUGUUUAUGCUGCCAAGGAAGAAGAUGUCGACAUUGCAGUCAAGGCUGCUAGAGCUGCAUAUAAAAAGGGCUGGAGACAUAAUCAAAGUCGUGGGGACUUGCUAUACAAGCUUUCAGAGCUCAUUACCAAGAAUGCUGAGGUAUUGGCUACAAUUGAGGCAUGGGAUACUGGUAAAUCAUACUCGGCCGAGUCUUACGGAAAUAUUGUUGCUGGUGCCCUGACAUACAAAUACUAUGCUGGUUGGGCCGACAAGCUUGGUGGUAAGACCAUUGAUGUUGGUGAAAACAAGUUUGCUUAUACCCUUCACGAGCCAUUGGGUGUUUGUGGACAAAUCAUUCCUUGGAAUUAUCCCUUCCUCAUGAAGGCAUGGAAAAUCGGUGCUGCUGUUGCCACUGGUAACACAGUUGUGUUAAAGACUGCUGAAAACACACCGUUGUCGGCUUUGUAUUUUGCCAAAUUAGUCGUUGAAGCCGGAUUUCCCCCUGGUGUUAUCAAUCUUUUCACUGGUUUGGGUCCUGUUGCCGGUGCUCAUUUGGCCAGCCACUUGGAUGUCGACAAGAUUGCCUUUACUGGAUCCACUGUAGUCGGUAAGCAGAUCAUGAAGUAUGCCGCGUCCAAUCUUAAAAACAUCACUCUCGAGUGUGGAGGCAAGUCUCCUAUGAUUAUUUUUGACGAUGCCGACCUUGAAAAGGCUGCAAUUCACGCCCACUCGGCAUUGAUGGGAAACCAGGGCCAGACCUGUACUGCCAUGUCGAGAUACUAUGUACACGAGGCAGUUUACGACAAGUUUGUCGAGCUGUACAAGCAACAAGUGCUCACUAAAUCAAAGGUGGGACAUCCGUUUGACGAAGAUACUUUCCAAGGACCACAAGUGAGUGAAGUGCAACAAAAGCGAGUUCUCGGAUACAUCGAGUCGGGCAAAUCUGAGGGUGCCAAGGUCGUCAUUGGAGGCAACGUCCCCAAGAGUCUCAGCAACGGUUUCUUCGUCGAGCCCACCAUCUUCUCCGAUGUUACUGACGACAUGAAAAUCAUGCGCGAAGAGAUCUUUGGCCCUGUCGCUUCGAUCACCAAGUUCACCGACGAGCACGAUGUCGUCCAACGAGCCAACGACUCCUCCUACGGUCUCGGAGCCUCUAUCUUCACCAAAGACCUGCAACGAGCUCACCGCGUGGCCCGAGACCUCGAAUCCGGCCAAGUCUGGAUUAACAGCGGCAAUGACUCGGACUACCGCAUCCCCUUCGGAGGCUACAAACAAAGCGGUAUCGGCCGUGAACUCGGCGAGUACGGUAUCCAAAUCUACACCCAGGUCAAGGCCGUACACGUCAACCUCAAUUAA